CUCAAAUAGCUGGAGAGUUUAAAAGACUAAACAAAGACUAAACCACAAAGCUCUCUCCCUAAAGGAAGUCAGCGACCACGGAAACGCGGAGUAGGUUUCUUAAUAGAAAAGAUGGGAUCUAGAGUCCUCCCUGACUGGACAGAGUUGACUCCAGAAUGUCUCCUCGACAUCUUCUCACGUCUGAGCAUUGGUCAACGAUGGAACGGACCGAUGCUGGUCUGCAAAACAUGGACGAAGCUAUGCCAAGAACCGUCCCUCAACACUCUCUUGGACCUCGAAGGUGAGUUUCUGUCUUCCGAAGAUUCAAACCACUGGUGGAGUUCCGAAUUUGAGGAAAAGGUUGACUCAACCAUCCGGUCUGUUGUGGACAAGAGCAAUGGCGGUCUCAAGGAGAUUCGAGUCAGGCAUUGUACAGAUCAAUCUCUCUCCUACGUGGCCGAAAGAUGUCCUAAUCUUGAAGUACUUGGGGCUACGUAUAGCCCAAAGGUUACUGUUCAGUCCAUGAGGAAGAUAGCAUUAAACUGCACUAAGCUUAAAGAGCUCGAUAUAAGCUGCUCUUAUUUAAUAUCUGGUUAUUGUAUUGAACUAGUGGGUACGAAUUGCAAGAAUAUUCAUAUUCUGAAACGCAAUUUGAUGCCGCCUUCGGAGAUCAGGAGGUUGAAGCGGCAAUGCACAUACGUGCGGCAGCGGGAUCUAUGUUUCGAAACGUUAGGGAAUGCGGAUGCACUUAGUAUUCUUAAACACAUGAGUCAGGUGAAGCACCUGGAACUUCGAUUCUCCACACUGACUGAUAGAGCUCUUUCCAAACUAUGUCAAAAAUGUUCGAAUCUAGAGUACUUGGACUUGUUCGGGUGCAGUUACUGGACUAGCCAUUGUAUUACAACAAGUACCUCUACGCUGAAGAAUUUGAAAGAGAUCAAGCUAGGAUAACCAAAUCCUCCAACCUUGCGACCAAGGAGACGCCUGUAGAUUUGUAUUGAAAGUGUCACUUUCUUUUAAUUUGUAAGAAAAUAUUUGUUAUAUAUGUUGGUUUGUAUAAUCCUUUCGUUAGCAAAAGGUAUCAUCACAAGUUUUAUUUACAAUAGUCUACAUUUAUGUUUAAA